GGCGGGAGGCUGAGGCGGCCCUGAGGCGGGGAGCUCCCCGCGCCGCUCCGCACCGCUCCGCUGCCCUGGGCCGCGGGCAGCCGGCCGCUCCGCCCGGCCUUGGGCUCCGUAUUCUCCCUCGGUGCCCGCCGUGGGGCCCGCGGGGAGAGGGGAGGCUGCUGCGGGGGGCGGCGUGUGAGGGGGCUCGGGAUGGCGGGGCAGGCUGUGAGGUGAGGGGGUGGGAAGGCGCCUCCUGGCCGAGCGGGCCUCGCUGUCCCCAGGCGGCGGGGACACCGGGCAGGCAUGGUCGGCUAUGACCCUGAGGCCAGGUGCGUCUCCACGGUGGAAGCAGCUGUGGCAGGAUCAGCAUCGGGCUUGGUCACUCGGGUCCUCAUCAGUCCUUUGGAUGUCAUCAAGAUCCGCUUCCAGCUUCAGAUCGAGCAGUUGUCCCCAAGAAACCCCCAGGCAAAGUAUCAUGGCAUCUUGCAAGCUAUACAGUGCAUCUUCCAGGAGGAGGGGUUGGUAGCCUUCUGGAAGGGCCAUAUUCCUGCUCAGCUCCUUUCAGUUGGCUACGGAGCUGUUCAGUUCAUGGCGUUUGAAAGCUUGACAAAACUGGUGCACAACGUCACCUCAUACAACGCCCGCGAUUCCUUUGUGCACUUCGUCUGCGGUGGACUGGCUGCUUGCACAGCCACUGUUGCAGUUCAGCCUGUUGACACAUUACGCACUCGCUUUGCUGCUCAGGGUGAGCCGAAGAUCUAUCAUAACGUUCGCCAUGCCGUGGUGACGAUGUACCAGACAGAAGGGCCUCGGACUUUCUAUAGAGGUUUGACCCCCACAAUCGUUGCCAUCUUCCCAUAUGCCGGUCUCCAGUUCUCUUUCUACAACAUCCUGCAACAGUUUUCUGAAUGGGUGAUUCCAGCUGAAGGAAAGAAAGGAGGCAACAUUAAAAACCUUGUUUGUGGCAGCUGCGCUGGACUCAUCAGCAAAACCCUCACUUACCCUUUUGACCUGUUCAAAAAGCGACUGCAAGUGGGUGGCUUUGAGCAGGCCCGGGCAGCCUUUGGGCAGGUGCGGAUGUAUAGGGGUCUCAUGGACUGCAUAAGGCAGAUCAUGCGAGAGGAGGGCCCAGGUGGAUUCUUUAAGGGCCUUUCGCCCAGCUUGCUGAAGGCUGCUGUCUCUACUGGCCUUGUCUUCUUUUGGUAUGAGCUGUUCUGCAGCCUCCUGUGUGCCCUGAAGAGCACUGAUAGCGCUGUGAGGAAGGAAGGCUGAAAGGGGCCGGUGUGUGGCUACCUGGUGUUCUCCUGGAGGAGGGGGAACUGCCAGCUUUGCUUUGUCAUGCUGGAUAUGUCAGAGCUCCUAGAGUCCACCAGCCUGUAGGAAAUCACUUCCUGGGACCAAGCAGAAGGAGAAGGCGACUGCAGUUCUGCUGAAGACACUUGAACUGCUGCGCUGAAAGCUGUUCAGCUGAGCACUUUUUUCCUCUGUCUCCUCUUAUAUCAGCACAUAUUUGAUGGGGAGAGGGGGGAACCCAGCAGACCACUACCUAGCAGAGACUGCUGUGAAAAGGCACCCGAUAAAGUUGAUGAAUUCCUGUGCUUGCCCUGGAUCACAGAGCAGGAUCCUGGCCUAGCUAGUGCUGCUUAACCAACGUACCACCUCCUAUUGCUGCAUCCACACGGCUUUAUUUCCUUGCUUUAUGGCCUGCUGUUUGCACGAUAUUCUUUUCUUGGUGUUGCACAGGUAGCUCUGUCCUGCUGUUGUGAAGUCAGUUCAAACGUCUUUAGCACGCACAGAACCUCAGUUUUCCUUUUCUUUGUUGCCAGCAGCCGCUUCACAAUUACCACUUGCUGGCUGUGCAUUCUCAGCCACCAUAAACACAGAAUCUUCUGAUGGAUCGUGCUGACCCAAACUCACUUUUCCUUUAACUCUGGUGAGCUUGAUUGUAUCCCAGGUGCCCAUUUCUCUUCCUGCAUGUCUUGCCAUGCAUCUCUUAGGGUUUUGCAUUGCCUCAGCAGAGCUGCAGAUUAAGAACCCCACUCUUAAGGGGAUUCAACGCACAAGCCCAGUUUUUACUUCACGUUCUUUGCUUCAAUGCAGUGAGUAAAAUACUGUACAGAGUUUUAGAAAUAUUUAAUCUAAGUUGUAAUAACGAAAGAAAAGUCCUGUGGAAACUAGUAAA